AUGCACAGCGUAUUCUCUUUACUAAAAAUGACAGCAUAUACCCCUCCCGCUCCCCAUCAACCUAACACAGGCCUCAAUAUUACUCGACAUAGCGUAUUGACAGGUGUUGCUAUCACAGCUACUGAAGUUCAGAUCACUGUGAGUCCAAUUGAGCACAUCCUUACCUUGUUGGCCGCCAAUGAUGCGAGAGUAGAAUCCUUAGAUGCCAAACUAAAAACCACGUCAGAGGAAAUGACCCAUUCGAAGGGUAGUAUAGACUUAUCCAACAAAACAAAUGCUUUCUUGAAGGAGUUGGUUCUUGAGAUCAGGGCUGCGAUUCCCGAAAUAAAAAAUGUAAUGGUUAGUGAGAAGUCCAUAGUAUAUUCUGCUGCACUGAUAGAGUUUUCGCCUUUGAUGGAUGGUAAUUUCACCCCCGGAAAGAUAUAUCCCUUGAUCUCCCACCCUGUCAACAGUUACAUGAAGAAAAAAAACUUCAAAAGCAUAGAUCUAUUAAAAUUUACUGAAAAUAAUGCCAGAUCAGUGUGGUCGAUAACUGGUACCUUUGGCGAUGACUGCAAUAAGUCACUUUUGGUAACUAUCAUCAAAUACUUCAAAAUUCACAGAUGUUGUGAAAACGUGCCUAAUUGUGACAUUAUUAAGAUAACUUCCAGACCUCAUCAGAGAAUAUUAUGGCUCGAGAUACAGCAUGAAGAACACACAACUGAAAGAAGGCUGUCCUUAGCCGUCGUAUCACCACGUACAAAAUGUACACGGAUGCUAUCCAUGUACAUUAUGAAACAACCUGAAUGCGGAAACAUUCUUUCUGUUGAUGUGAUGUCAUGA